AAAUCACUUUAAAAAAUCACUUUUUUAAAGUUGAAGCAAUUGCAAACACUCCCUAUGAGUGGAUGAAAUGUGUGGCGCCAGAAACAAAUAAAAAAGGCGCCCAGAAUAAACGAGUAUAAAUCAUCGUAAUCCCUUUUGGUGAGUUUCCAGAUCUGAUCGAACAUGAGCCGGAAAAAUCAGUUCUGGCUACUGAAAACGGAGCCGGGAACGUGGUCGUGGGAGGACCAAUCCGCCAACGGGGGUUUAUCCAAGUGGGACGGAGUGAAGAACAAGCAAGCCCAGAAGCACAUGAAGUCCAUGCACCCCGGCGACCUCUGCUUCUUCUACCAUUCCGGCAACAAAUUCCGACGAGUGGUCGGCGUUGUCAAGGUGGUCCGCGGCUGGUACACGGAUGGUGACACCGAUAAAGACAGUGGCGGCGGAGCGGUGGACGUGGAGGCCGUGGGAGAGAUGAGAAGGCCUGUGGACUUGGCGGAGAUGAAAAGGGAUGACGCGCUUAAAGGGUUUGUGCUUUUCGGGCAGCCUAGGUUGUCGGUUGUGCCUGUGGAGAGAAGUAUAUGGGAAAGGGUGUGUGAAAUGGGGGGUGGAUAUAGUGGCGAUGGGUUGGAUGAUGAUGAUGAUGAUGAUGAUGGUGGUGGUGGUGAUGAUGAUGAUGAUGAUGAUGAUGAUGAUGAUGAUGAGGAGGAGGAGGAGGAGGAGGAGGAGGAGGAUGAGGAUGAGGAUGAGGAUCAGGAGGAUGAGGAGGAGGAUGAGGAGUAGGAGUAGGCUUCUGCAGCUCAAGUGUUUGUGAUUUUGUCUCAGAAAGGUUUUUGCUCUUCUGAUAUCUUUGUCCAGUCAGGAGGAGGGUGAGGGACUUUUGUACACUUUUGGGAUGAAACUGUUAAAUUUUGAAUUGUGCCCAGAGAAUUCCCCAAAUUUGCUCCUUUGUUUUUCUCCCCAAGCCCCUAUGGAACGUUGUAUUUUGAGAAUCUCUAUAUGUGUUUCUUUUACUGUGUGUCUGUGUCUAUGUAAUCCUGAAGCUUCAUGUUUAACUGUUUAAAUUUUAAAACCUAAUCAAUCUAGGUUUUAUACUAUUUAAAAGGAUUCAACAGUUUUUAGUUGUAUAUUUG